CGCUGGCCAUGGAGCCGGGCACCAUCGACAACCUGUCCAUCCUGUACCAGAGCUCCGACUUCAUCGUGGUCAACAAGCACUGGGACAUCCGCAUCGACAGCAAGAUGUGGUACGAGACGCUGACCCUGCAGAGCCAGCUCAAGUACCGCUUCCCCGAGCUGGCCGACCCCGACACCUACUACGGCUUCAGGUUCUGCCACCAGCUUGACUUCUCCACCAGCGGGGCCCUGUGUGUUGCACUCAACAAAGCGGCGGCGGGAAGCGCCUACAAGUGUUUUAAAGACCGUCUGGUGACCAAAGCCUAUCUUGCCCUGGUCAGGGGCCACGUCAGCCAGAGCCGCAUGACGAUCCGCUACGCCAUAGGGAAGAACACCACCGAGGCUGAGAGUCACACUCAGCUCGCAGAGGACUCGGGUUCUCAGGCUGGGGGCGGGGACAAAUGCCGCUUGGUGCAUCAUCACCUCGCACCGCUGUGCCCUCUAGGAGGGAUUCAGGGAUAACCUGUGUCCCUGAGCCCUCCGCUAAAAAAACGGACUCAUCAGCUCCGGGUUCACUGCAGUGCCAUUGGCCACCCCAUCGUGGGGGACUUCACCUACAGCCACAAGAAGGACAGCAGUCCCUAUAGGAUGAUGCUCCACGCCUACUACCUGCGCAUCCCCACCGGUAAGGAGCUCAUCGAGGUUUGUGCACCUGACCCCUUCGUCACCGCAAUGGACAGCAACUGGGUGCCCCACAACGUCACUCACCAGCUGGAUAAGACCAUGCAAGAGCUGAAGGAGAAGAUGAUGCAGAAGGGGAAAGAGGAGGAGAGCCAGGAAGCCAUGCGUGGUGGUGGAGGAGAGGAGGCACUGAGCGAAGCCAAGAGCCUGGAGACAGAGGAGCAGCGAGCCCGGUGUGAGCAGUGGUUGGCUGAGUGGGCUUUGGAGUGAGCACAAACCGCACCUCUGCAUUUCCAGCCCAAUGCUCCAUCUUCGUCCCAGCAGGUCUCCACAGAGCCCAGCGCUGACUCCACAACCACACUUCCUGUAUGCCGUGGCUUCCCUCACCUCUGGGGCUGGGAUUAGGCAGAUUUUAGCAGUGAUUAGGAUGGGUUUCUUUUUUAAUGUACACAUCAUCCAUCUGGCCACCGGAUGCCCCUUUCCUAAUUCUGGGCCUCAGCAGCAGAGUCAGUGUGUCACAUACCAGCUUAGAGUGACCCCAAAGCUUUACGUCCCUGUCCCGGGGCUCGGGCACAGCUGGGGCAGCACAGAUGCUGCCUUUGCCAUGAGCAUGAUGGAGGUGUCUGCAAACCCUCGGUGCUAGGAUGCUAAAACGCAGCCCAGCAAAGGGAGAGGAGAAUGUGCCGGGUGCUGCUUCAGCGUCCGCGUCCCCAGUUUCCCUUCGCUCCAGCCUGCUGCAAUCACUGGCACACACGUUGUGCAGGAGGUGGGAGAUCAGGGGGCUGAAUUGCAGCUUGGGGGCACUGACGGCUCCCCAAGUCCUGGGGUGGCCCCAGGUGUCUCGCCCGCGGAGCUGGGCUGUGCGAUGGGUGCAGGACAGGUCCCUGCCUGCCACCAAGGAUGUGCUGCCUGCCUGUCCCUGCCCUCGCGCUUCCCUUCCUGCCUCAGCACGCCUCUGGGGUUUUUUUUAAAGGUUUGUUGAAGGUGAGUGAGUUGAUUCAAAUGGAUUUUAAACUUUUAUCAAAUUUCUAUGAGAAGCACCUAGUCUUUUAGCGGUUCUGAAAUACCGAUGGUCUCGGAAAUGCGUGUAUUUUUAGUACUUCUGUGGUCAGAAUAGCCAGCAGCCCAAAGCUUUUUUAAUAGAUCUUGUUAUUCUUUCUCCUAGCAUUGCCUUUUCCUAGCACCCGCUUUUACCCUGGGUGUGGGUGUAACCCCUGCCGAGACAGGUCAGAAGGCACAAGCCCCUUUCUGCUUUACCCAAACGAGGGGGAAUCAGGUUUUGUCCCAUCGUGUGGCUCCUGGCUGGCAGGUUGCUGUGGGGGUGUCAGCACCAGCGGGUGCCGCAGGCAGUUUGGGAGGCUCUGGAGCAGCGAGAGCGGCCGAGGAAAUGGUCGAAGCUGAAAGAAAAGCUGAGGACUGAUGGGAAGAGUGGGAAGGAGCUCAUCUCCAACGCUGGCGCUCAGCUUUGCAAGAUGCAGAGAGGAGUUUCUCUGAAAAUGCCCCUGCUUUGCCAGCUGGUGUCAUGCUGCUUCACUCUCCCCUUCCCACCCCGCUUGUCCUCUGCAGCCCGUGGAGGAGGUUUUGGACACAAAGAGAGCGAGGCGGCUGGGGAGGGGCGUGGGUGGCUGGUGCCCCUUGCGUACAGAGCCCCGAUCCCUGGGAUAUUCGGUGCCGAGCUGCCGCAUCAGCGCAUGCCCAGCGUUAUUGUCACACCGCAAACCCCGUCCCCUUCGAAACGCACCUGGCGGCGGUUUGACAUAACUCGUGUUCCUACCCUGCGGGGAAACAAAACAGCACAGCUCUCUUCUCAGGGCUGAAUGCACCAUGUGGGUCACCGAAACCCCGCAGGGUUUUGCAUCGCCCAUCCCUGGUGUCCCCAGGCUCACCGUGCUGCAGCAUGGGGCCAGGGAGGAGGUGGCUGUCACCGUGCUUUUGUGGCUUGGCAUGAAGUGCUGCCAUUUGCUGCAGGAUGGGGACUGGUGCACAGCUCAUGGCUCUGCAGGCGCCAGCCCUGGGCACCAAACGGGGUCCGCAGGCUCAUGAGCUGGUGGCAGAGGGCUCAGCAGGGUUCAGAGGAGCAGAAGAUCCCUCUCCUUCCUCCCAAGUCCUGUCUCUGCCCAUCCCAUCUCCCAGGAGUGGCCAGGGAGGGGAGAGGCAGCCACAGGCAGGUCCCAAAGCUGUAAAUCAACACCGUGAACCUGUUUGCCAAAGAAUGACCGUGGUGACGUGCGCAGGAGGUCCUGAGAAGCUACGGGUGAGAUCUGCAGCGGCAGAGGCAGGACGCAGCCUUCCCUUCCCGUGGGCCCCAGAGCGGGAAUGCUCCCCGCUGCGCAGCGGGGGACACGUCCUGCAGCCACACACCUGGGAUGUGGCUGUCCUUGGCCAUGGGGUCAGUGGUUGCUGGGGUGUACAUGGGGACACACCGGCACCCCGCACAAAGGGACGGUGAUGGACCAUCAACGCUGCAGGGCUGGCACCCAGUGCUCACCCCACCAUCUGCCUGGGGGAGCCCCUGCACCCCACGCCACCCCUCAGCCUUCAUGCGUUGCACUUUUACCCAACAUUGCAGGAACCAGAGAUAAAUAUAUAUUUUCCUUACCCUGCAGAGAAGUGUUUUCCCGGUGCCCAUCCCUGGCUUGCCUCCCGUGCCGCGUUGGGUCCUGCUCCUUCCUCUCUGACGUUGCUGCCGCGGGGCCAUUUGCUGCAUUGUGUGUGAACCCACUCGUGCAUUCGGACUGGGGGGUUGU